AUGCCAGCCACUCCCCAGCAGUAUCUGGAGUGGUGGCUCACCACGGGCCUUGGAGCCCUCAAAGAACUUGUAGACAAGGAGACGGUUGGAUGUAGUCCUCAGCACGUCGGCUUCGAGGCCAUCAUUCAACGCAGACAGCGAGGCUUUGACAACGAUGCCAAGCUUCUGGAGGCUCUCCGACAGUAUGUGGACAGGCUUGCCUCGCGCCAGGCCCCCGAGGCUUCUUGCAAUCCUCGCAACAAGUUGAGGGAACUCAGCCUGAACACGUUCAAGAGACCAGAGGACGGUGGCCUGGAUCUUGACAGGGUCUUGGAAGGCCUCGCUGACCUCAACGUCGUUGAGCUUCGCCGGCGCCGACUGGUCGCUGAUACCCCCUUGACUUUCAAACCCGGCCAUCCCGCCCAUUCGUCCGCGGCGAUGAUCCAGGAGCUCAAUAAGAAGACGACGGAAAAAUUCUGCACCAUUUUCAUGGGUUUCAGAGCAUCUACGGUUGUCCUGGAGAUACAACAUUCAGAAGCCACCAGAAAGCCUCCGGUGGAAAUCAUGGCAGUCGUCAAUGCCGUCUUCCCUGCUCAGGACUUACUGAUGGACUCGGGAGACGUGAGCCUUGUCCCAUACACUGAUACUCUGCUCGACUGCAUCCGAUUUACAAUCCUUCUCCAUCUUAUGGGGGAUAACCCGUCGGCCGAGAAGCAGCAGGCCUUCAUCCAAGAGAAGCUGUUCAUCUGGUGCGGCUUGCCUAGGUAUGAAGUUGCAUACAAGGCAUUCACUCAGUAUAUUGAGGAGUUCAAGACGAUCGAGACGCUGUGCUUCAAUGUUCUGAAGCUGGCGGAAGCACCAACAUCUCGCCGGAAAUCAGCAUCUCGUCGCCCAUCCUUCACCCCGAACUCUGUCGUCAUGGUGAAAUCCAUCCUCAAAGGCUCUCCUCAGAGCCCCCGCGAAGUGGCAGAGCUCGCUGGUGCUCAAAGGCCCAUCUCGCCAGAGUUUGUGGCGUCCGCUCCCCCUGUUCCCAACCCUCUCCUGAAGGGCCUCCCAGGGCGAGAGUAUGAUGCCGGUGACGAGACUGUUGUCAAAGGAGAAAGAGUUUCGGCCAAGACGUUCGACCCUGCCAAGAAGCUGAAGAAGACGUCUCUUCCCCUGAAGCAAAAGGCGCCGUCACCCAAGCAAAAGCCGUUGUCCACGAGACAGAGGCUAUUGCAAUCGAGGCAGAGGAGGAGCAGAAAGGUUGAAGACGACAUUCCUCCGGUCCCUCCGACUCCCGAGAUUCCCGCGUCGAUGAGGGCAACCAUCACAAGGAGCGGCUUCAAGCUUCUGCAGCGAAUGCGAUCGCAGCCAGAGUUGCAGUCUGGUGAACCGAGCAGCUCAAAGGUUUCGCAGCUUGCCACCGUCAUGGCUAGUAACAAGGCCAGGUCGAGCGCAAAACUGGUGAAGCAGCCCGCCCAGGUUCCUGCUCGACCCCCAACUCGUCCCAAAGCCUCCUACGGCCAACUUCGAGACAGCUUCAGUCUCCGCACGUCGUCCCUGCCCGAAGCAGUUCGAAACAGCCAACAGACUCUCUACAGUCAACGUGCCGCUUCGACGCAAUCAGUUGAUAGACCAACCACCACCAGAAGGCCGGAGAGUUAUGCUAGCCAAGAACAAGGCCGCCCUUCCUCGCUGCCAAAGGUUGACGUCAAGUAUAGCAUGCGCGAACCACGUCUUUCUACCAUGGAAUACGCACGACUAUAUUUCGUCGAACAAGCCAAUGCCAAGAAGGAGAAGCGGGAAUGCGAGCUACCUCCGCCUAAGAAAGCCUGGCUCUGGGGUCAGAAUUGGGAGAACUUCCUCGUGUUGCCCAAGAUUCCGUCAACUAUCCGACGCCGAUUCUCUCUCAGCAACAAUGACGAGAAUAAGAAGACGGUCAACCUGGAGCCUCUCAAUAAAGGGAACGAGUCAGAUGCCGAAUCGGUCGAGACUGUCAAGGGCAUGACGGGGGUGCCUGCGAGACCACCUCGGCUCUCCCUGAACCUUGACACCAUGGCUUCGGGCCUCACGACCAUGAUGGAUGUGCCGUCUUCGGGGUCCCAUCAGGCAUCACAAGUUUUGUUUCAAAACAAAAUUCAUGAUGAGGUGAAGCAGACCUCGGGCGAGCAAAGUUCGGCUCAGGGCCCUGCGGCUGCAGUCAACAUGAAGGGGAUCAAGGCAUCAACGAUCGGACAUGUUCGGACUCUACCUCAUGCCUCGACCGUGUCAUCCAUCUCCUCCAACGACAGAGAAGAGGACGAUCUCUACACUGACGAUCGACAUCUCUGGCCCUCACCGAUGAGCCAACGCGAGGCCCGACGUGCUUCGGUUUCGCUGGUAUCCGAGGAGCCCUCCACGGCCGUUCAUGAGAUCGACCAGAAUGCUGAGAAUACCGCACCACAGCCCAAGGAGGAUGCCGCCGAUGCCUCAUCUGUCUACUCGGACGAGAGUUCAAAGACUACCCUCUUUGUUGGCGAUGCUACCAAGGGUAGGGGAGAUACCCCCCGAACACCAGCGAGACCUCGUCGCCCUGCGAAGCUCACAACCCCUGACGACGAAUCUCCUGUCCGACCUGGUAUUCCGUUCAGUUACAGCUGCGCAUCGUUCAACUCCCUAUCGUCAGAUCGCUCUCCGCUAACCCACUUCCCGAUUGCGGCCGAACAAAGGUCGAGAGCCACAACACAGGAUAUGGUGCAAGGCAUUCUCACACAGUCAGGGGGCCGCCUCCACGUCGAGGACGCUCGCCAAGUGCAGGUGGUUGAAAGCAAGCAUGACGCUGCGCUGAAAGCUUCGUCUGCCGAUAUCUGGCAUACUGAUGGGUACAUGGAACCUGAGCUCCAGCCCGCUCCCCUGAAUCUAUCGAAGAAGCCUUCGACGGCAACGAAGCCGAAGCAUAGUGUAUCGGAUAAGCCAGCGAGGACCAAGCUGAAUGCGAAUGCAGUGAAGAAACCUCAGCCGUCCAAGAACACGACAAAGCUCACCAACCCGAUCAAGAAUACCGCGCCUCCUCAGUAUUCCGAGAGAAUCAGGUCAUAUGAGUCGGGCUUCGUGCCCCUUCCUGGAUCACUCCUAUACGAGGCUGACAAGAACACGGACAUCAUCAGGAUUCCGCGGAGUCUGUCGAGUAGCUCCAACUCCAGUAGCUCUGUGUCGGCCGUCAUCACACCGUCCAAGCCUGGCCCGGCCAAGGGAACGACUUACCCAGCUGAGCGACCUGAGCGACCUGAGCGACCUACUCACGAGCCAAGGCCUACGCCUCCCGUGAAUCGGAUGUACGAUGCAGUCGCAGCGAACAACCUCUCCCAGCUCCAAUUUGAAUCCCAGCGUCAACCGCAGUCCCAGACGGGUAAACACUCUCCCACCCUGAGUGAUCUGGACGAGUUCUUUGGAGUUGGAAAGUAUGAAAAGGCAUUCCUCGAGAAGCACCCAGAGGCGGCGAAACCGUUUGUCCUUCCUCCCAAAGUGCUGGACACAGUAGAGUCGCCCGUCUUUACCACGCCAACGCUCCGUCGACGAGAUAUAAGUAUCCAGCAGCACCGAGAGAUGCCACAGCAGCAUACAGCGGAAAGGGUGAUGGAAAGAAAGCCAGUCAUCUCUACAAACGUCAGCAGCUUUGCGCUACACAGGGCUCAGGGCAACAAGGCGACUAUCCUGCCAGUCAUUGAAGGCAGAAGCCGUGCUAACGCGACCACAGCCGAGGAGCGUGACACGGGCUCGAAGCAAAAUGACGACUACGAGGAUAGCAUAUCCGAGGAACAUGUACCGCAGCACAGCCACCCGGAGGAUUCUCAUCGCUUCUCUUCACAGCGUUAUGAUAUCAGCACUCGUCGCCCGUCGACCGCUCAUGCUCGACCCAGCACCUUCUUUGAUCGACAUGUGCCGUUACCACCCCCGGCGCCUGUCGCGUCUGAGAGCAAGAAACUCACCAACACGCCGGCCACAACACUGGGGAGUCUAUUCCGAAGACGCAAUCGCAAUCGUACGGAGCCUCAGGAGCCACAACAGCCUCAACAGCCUCAGUUACAGCCUCGACCACAGCCAGCAGUGCAAAUUCCCCAACAAGCCCCCAUCACGCCGACCAUUCUGACUACGCCCAGACAGCCAGUUCAUCAGCCCAUCGGUCAGUGGCAGCCCUUCAGAGAGGAGCGAAGCCCAUUCACCGGUUCUGCAACACGGAGCUCGGGUGACGAGCAGAGCCCGUAUGAACGACAGCGCAUCAAGUACUUCCGCGAGCAGACAGCCCGCGCCCUGACUGGCGAGAUCGAUCCGCCCAGACCACCGGCUCGUCCAAUGGGCGCAUCUCCCUGGGCCACCGUCGGCUUCGAAGCCGGAAGAAGGGCACAUGGACAGCGCACGAUGAAUAACAAUACCUGGGCAUCUGAUGGCCGUCGAGGCACUCCAAACAUGUCUGGAAGACAGAUCAGCAAUCCCGUCAGUACUCGGAUGGGCAUGACCAACGAUUGGGUCAAUCAGGGUCUGCCAUCCCCAGCUCCCACGACUCCUUUGCCGCCGGUGCCCCCUCGCCCAUCUGGGAGUGGGAGGCAGAUUCCCGGCACGCGAUCGGCACCUCGUCCAUACGCAAGCGCUGCUGCUCCUGCUCCUGCUCCUGCGCCUGCAGGCACUUUGAGUGGCCCUGUGACUGGUGCCAGAUACGCCCCGUCCCAACCGGCACAGGGAGGUCAGGCAACCUCUCACAGGAACCGAAACCCGCUGGGGCUUCGAGUCGAGACGACCGCUUGGAAGCUCCGGAAGGCCAGCAAGGAGGUUCUCCGGUCGGGCCGCAAUGUCAGUGGCCAGCACGAUGGCGGCAGCAAGUAGCCCGUCAUGUUCAGACGUAGUGGCUGUCCAUUAGUCAAGAUGGUUGUGACCAACAGCCAGG